GCCCUUUAACAAGUACAUGUCGACGGCAAUACGAAGACUGAUUAAAAGCACAAAGGCAAUCAAAACGUACAGGAGAACAUGCGAAGGAGACGCAUUCCUCCACGGGAGGAUGCAGUCUGUCAUGUUUCUGCUGGAAGGGACAAACUGGGACUUGAUAUCCACUACAUAAAUGCCUUCAAAGGUCGGGGCAUUUUCACGACUGUUCCAUUCCAAAAAGGAGACUUCCUUUUGGAAUACAGAGGUAAACUCAUACCAAAAGAAGAAUGUGAGCGGAGACACAGAGUUUAUCAUGACAGCCUGAAGGUGUUCAUGUUUGAAUUCAAGUUUGAUGGAAAACUCUGGUGUGUGGAUGCAUCUCAAGAAGAUGGGUCUUUAGGCAGACUUGUCAACGACAACCACAUCAGUCCAAGUGCUAAAAUGAAAAUAUUAAAUAUCAAUGGAAAGCCCCAUCUAUGCUUAUUUGCAAGCAGAGACAUAAGUCCAGGCGAAGAAAUAGACUAUAAUUAUGGUGACUCGGAUUGGCCCUGGAGAUGCAAGGCUGAGACCAGCCAGAUUGAGAAGACUGUGAGCUGCCUAAAGCCGCAACCAAACUGCAUUCCAAACAAUGAUCUGGACCUGAAACAUCCAGAGCCUGAAAGGGAUCUUGAUGAAGAAAUGCCUCAGCAAGGCUCAGAAGCCAUGCAUUCUUCUUCAGUGCAAGAUUCUGAAGAGGCUGAGACCAGCCAGAUUGAGAAGACUGUGAGCUGCCUAAAGCCGCAACCAAACUGCAUUCCAAACAAUGAUCUGGACCUGAAAGAUCCAGAGCCUGAAAGGGAUCUUGAUGAAGAAAUGCCUCAGCAAGGCUCAGAAGCCAUGCAUUCUUCUUCAGUGCAAGAUUCUGAAGAGGCUGAGACCAGCCAGAUUGAGAAGACUGUGAGCUGCCUAAAGCCGCAACCAAACUGCAUUCCAAACAAUGAUCUGGACCUGAAAGAUCCAGAGCCUGAAAGGUGUCACAGUCAUCGUCUGGUGUGCACAACAAUAUCAUCUUUGGACAAGUGCAUUCAGUGUGUGGGACCGGUUUCCUCCCUCAAGUGGCUUGGCUAUAAGUGCAAAGUUUGUUUAGGGGUCUGGCACAAAUCCUGCCUUGCAAAAUUGGCAAAUCAGAAUUGUCACCAGUCAACACAGAAAGAAGAAAUUUCUGAAUAUUCAGGGAGGAUGGAUUGCCACAUUCAGUUCUGGAUCAAAUAUCAAGCGAUGAUGAUGGCAACCACAGCAUAUCAGAAGAAGAAUAUGUGCCAGAUUCAGAGUCAUAUGAUGAAGAUUCAGAUAAAGACAUCUCAUUAUUGCCAAGCACAUCAAAAGGUCUGCUAUGCCAAGAUGACAUCUCCAAAGCGCAUGAACAAUCAGAUUCAACAAAUUUAA